AUGCAAUCUGUAUCCAAAAUUGCUGUGCUACUAGCACUUGGACUUGCCUUGGUCAUGGCAGACAACUGUGGUGGAAACUGCCCAUCAGGAAAUUGCAAAUAGUGUAUAUGCCCAGCACCUACCUAUACAGAUAUUGCUGCUGCUUGUGCAAGAUGGAGUGGCUGGUCUUAAAGUUGCUGUGAAUGCAUCGUUAAGCAUGAGAGUGGUGGAAAUACUCACGCCUAAUUAUGGGAUUCUGACGGUUCAAACGAUAUCGGCCUCUGGCAAAUCAACAGUGUCAACUGGGGUCAAUGCAACGGUGGCAACGCUCCAUGUGAUGUUAAUUCAAACUUUGAAUGUGCCAAGAAAAUCUUUGGUUGGGGAGGAAACUCUUGGAGACUGUGGUCAACCUGCUCAGCUUGUGGUUGUUGCGGUCAUGGUUUCCUUCAGGCAGAGGAGACGCUUCAAUGA